UUGCAGAAUAUAACCGGACAGGCCUCGGCGCGCAGGGUUUUACAGCGUUUUGUAUGAACCCUAAUGACAAAGGCAGAUUAAUCCGCGCGGCGCUGUCGGAUUCGGGCACAGACUCCAUCCCCCGUUACACUUUCAGAUCUUGUGUACGUAUGACAGCCCCUCCUGGGCACCGUACAGGAAGUCUCUCCAUGACCCACAUCUCCCUGCACACCUGCGUUUCUUACUUUGGACGUGUGCUGCAGUUUCACGUUAGGCUGAAGACAUAACACAGCUUCGGUGUAGAGUAAAGGGCUGGUCCUGCAGUGGUACCUGGAGGCGCGUACUGGAUUUGUCCUCGGCGUCAGUAAUGAAGCGUCUCGGACGUGGAGAACCCAGUCCUGAAAAGCAAUGUCAUCGUCCAGCUUGUGUGCACCUCUGAUGGGGCUGAGGGGCGAACCCACCGGCCAAACAGAUCUGCGGAGGAGAGGAAGGAGGCAGGUUUCCAGGAAAGCCGUGCAUUGACGGCUCGCCAUUUCCUCCAGUCGGCUCUUGUGGACUGAUACCUGCACACUCCUCUCAGUGUGCACACUCAAGGCGAGACUUUGGAGCAGCUAUUAAAAUCAGGCUGCCCGCCAAAACCAUUCACCCUUUGCCAUUAACCAGAAAAAGAGAGUGAGACGUGCACAACAUGGAUUUCUUCUGCCUGACGGUUUUGUGAAAUCAAACUUGUGACUGUGGACGGAGAAAAGCAAGCAAAAGAUACUUGCAGUCGCUACAGAUGUGCACUACAGAAGCCAUGGUGGUCCUUGCAUCAGCUCCUCAGCCCAUCCAUGACUACAGACGCCUUUAGAGGCCAGGAUCAGGAAGACGCUCGCCAGCCAACACACUCAUAUGCAAUGGAAGAAGACAUUGAUGUCACAUCCCACACUGAGGGCCUGAAUGGUUUGUCCCGUGAAUGUAAACCAUUAGAGGAAAUCACCAAUGGACACUCCAACCAUAAGCCUGUCAUGAAUGGACUGGUAGUUAGUCAUAAUGUCAAGGACCACACAAACGGCAGCGCACCACUCAGAUCCCUGCCGAUUUCGGCACUGAAGCAGAACGGCCUUCUGCAGACCCUGGCGGCCGGAGGGGACCAGCCGAAGCCCGCAGAAGAAAAUGUGGAGUUGGAAAAGGCCAGACAGGAGUGGGAGGCUCUGGAGAACGUUCAACCAGCUCUCACUGAGGACUUAAACCCGACUCCAAUCAUCUCCUUCAACGAAGCCCUGCAGUACUUCCAGACCACAGACCUCGGGGACUUGCUGAAGAACAUCCAGCCAACCGUUCGCAGGACAGGCCUGGCCGCCAUCACACACUUCCUCUUCGGACCUCCACGGCUGCACAGAGAACUACUGGAGGAGAGAGAUCUGGUCUUUGCCAUCGCACAGUGUCAUGUGGACAACAGCCAAAGCGUCCACAUGCGUGUCCUCCAGACCAUUUAUAAGAGGCUAAUAGGCAGCAGGCUGGACUGUCCUCGAUACGGGACACACUGGGAAAGCAUCGGCUUUCAGGGUACAGACCCGGCCACUGACCUGCGCGGCACUGGUUUCCUGGGACUGAUGCAUACUCUGUACUUUGUGAUGGACCCAGAGACUCUGCCGCUGGCUAGAGACAUCUACAAGUUGUCACAACACCCAACACAGAACUUUCCAUUCAGUGUGAUGUCAAUCAACAUGACCCGCAUCGCUCUGCAAGUACUCAGAGAGGAGGCCUUGUCCAAGGAGUGCAAUCGUCGUCAGCAAGUGGUCGGCGUGCUGAAUGAGUUCUACGUUGCCACGUAUCUGCACCUGUACCAGCUGUGGAAGACCCAACAGAAGACCAUUGCUGACUCUGGCUUUGUACUGAAAGAAGUGGAGCUGUUUGCCAAAAAGAACCCCAAGCAGAUGCUGCGCCGACUAGAGGUCUUCCUGAAAGAGAGGCGGGCAGGUGGAAUCCCCCGUGGGACGUCGCCAGACCCCCAGGCCCAACAGCCGUCUCCCAGUCUGGGGGAGCGAGGGGCCAGAGCCGGGACAGGACAGGGAAGCAAGGGAAAGGAGAUGCACUUCACGGGAGUGUGUGAUCUGCCGCCAGACAUGGAGGGAGAGGCCAGACUCAUCUAAGCUAGACUCUGUGUGAGUGCGUGAGUGUGAACGAUCCUGUCCGUGAGUAUGUGCGAGUGGCUUACUCUCAGAGAGCUAGAACCCCACCAGACCCUGAUCUAGGACCUGCUAUCUGAACCCGUUCAAACACUUCAAACCUGAUGCUGGGGUGCUGCACUUUGAUUAGAUUAAGCUUGGGGGUCUUUUAGAGUUAUAUGAUUUUUUUUUUUUAAUUGAUGAUUAAUUUAUGUUUUUUUUUUUUUAAACAAAGAACAGAGUCAAAUAUAAAGUGGAGUGGAUGCAGGUCAGAAACACAAGAUGUCACUAAAAAACAAGGAGAAAGUGAAUGUUUGCACUUUUCUGUGGAUUUAGUAGCCAAAUCAAUAGCUGCCAAAUUCUUGUGGUCAAACUCUUAACCUGCCUGGAAGUUCAGAACGUACGCGCUGGUGUCCCUCGGAUCUCCCGGUCGGCGAACGUUAGCGCUGCGGAGGGAGGCGGGCUUAUCCUUCACGGGCUUGCCGUUCCCUCUCUCCCGCUUCACGAUACAACGCACAGUCAGUUCAUGAAGCAAGCGAAGGGCGGCGCCGUCGGGCGUGCUGUUCAGCGCUCUGUUAACUUUGUGUUCGGGUUCCCUGCUACACAAGCAAACAGAAGCAGCUUCCCUCUCAGUGUGGGUGCAGAGCGGCCAGAUGGAAAACCCAGAGAGGUUACAGAUUUAUAUUUUGCUUUUUUUCGUUUCGGUGGAGGCUGCUCUCCGUCUUAAACCGUAAACGUUGGAGAUUUGAUCACUUUGCAUUCUUUGUUAGAGCGUGGAUCAUGUGAAAGAUGUGAAAGAUGUCCAGAUGUGUGGAGGCUGUUGGUGUACCUGUGGCUGUCAGGGGUCUGAUAGGCUGAUAGGUCCAGAGCUCCCACUGGAUAUGGAGGAAUAUAUUUUAAAUAAUU